AUGCAAGAAAUUGAUUUAGAUGAUAAUGAAGAAGAAUCCAAAAAACACAUGGAUGCGAUAAGCCAGCUAAAAAGUCCAGAGCAGAUUAUCAGCGAGAAUACAGGACCUAUAAUUAUACAGCAUGAAGUAAUUAUUGAGACUGAACGAUUACCUACUAUAAAACGAAAAAAGAGUACACUAGAACAGCUUGAAAAUCUUCAUAAAAUUCCAAAAUUGAAAAGAAUACAACAUACAUCAAGAGACAAUAACUUUGAUGAAAUUCUUCAGCUUUCAAGUCUACCUGAACUAACCCCUCGUUUGGCCAAUAAUGAAAUAGAACAGACACAAAAUCAGCCUGACGAAAAUGUCGAAAUUUUUGAACCGAUGCAACCGCAAGACUUUUCUGAUGAUGAUGAUUGCGAAUAUUUGGAGUCAGCUUUUGAGCGUGAAUAUAUUAGAAAUGAAGAUGGUAUUAUCGCCGAUGAAGAAUCAAUACCUGGGAAUGAUUCGAAUCAUUUAUAUUUCGGCUAUCGUUCGCAUCAACCAGCACAUAAGCUAUUUAGAAAAAUUUUCAUUGGAUCAACUGACGAAGAAAAUCUAUUAAAACAGAUCACGACUUUCACAAAUGUUACGGAAGUCAAGAUGUGCAAAACUUGCAAGGCCAGUGUCACGAAAGGCAAUAUUCCGUGCUUAGCGACCUAUAACGGUUUCAGAUAUCCAAAGAGACCAGCAAAUUUGCCGGAUUUAGACAUUAUUGCUGAGAGACUUAUUUCACCAAGGCUUCCGUUCAUGCAGAUACCUAGAUUACAUUUUAAUGGUCAAUUCGGAAUAACUGGACAUAUAAUUAAUGUACCUGUGUCGGUUGAUAAUAUGAUAAGACUUUUACCCAGACCACUUGAUGGACAAGAAGAAGACUUUUGUAUAAAUGUUCACAUCAAAAAGAAACUUAUACAUAAAACUAGUUAUCUUCAUGGACUAGUUAAAAUAUCUGUCAUCAAACAAUGGUUGACAUAUCUAGUUCAGACACCUUAA